AUGUCCAGCACCGUCAACAAGACCGGCAAGAAGACCCGCUCGGCCAUCGCCGAUGUGGUGUCCCGCGAGUACACCAUCAACAUGCACAAGAGAAUGCACGGUGUUAGCUUCAAGAAGCGUGCUCCCCGCGCUAUCAAGGAGAUCCGCGCCUUCGCUGAGCGUGCUAUGGGCACCACCGACGUCCGCGUCGACCCCCAGCUCAACAAGAAGGUCUGGGAGGCCGGUAUCAAGGGCGUCCCCUUCCGUCUCCGUGUCCGCAUCUCCCGCAAGCGUAACGACGAGGAGGGCGCCAAGGAGAAGCUCUACUCCUACGUCCAGGCCGUCAACGUCAAGGAGGCCAAGGGUCUCCACACCGUCGUUGUUGAUGAUGAGUAA